UUUACAAGGGAAAAUCCUAGAAACUAUCAGCUAAUAUCCUGUUGGGCAGGGUGAAGAGUAGAGGGGAAAUCACUUGGCAAAUUACAUGGACAUUGUCUGGCAAUCUGGUAUUCAUUAGCAGUCAUAUCUUAUUGCCAGGAAUUGAUCUAAACAAAGCAAAAAGCGCAAAAACUUCAUGCAGUUUAACCACCCACGUGUAAAAAAUGGUGAAUGUCCUUAAAGGAGUCCUUGUGGAAUGUGAUCCGGCAAUGAAGCAAUUUCUCCUAUACUUGGAUGAGACCAAUGCCUUAGGAAAGAAGUUCAUUAUCCAAGACCUGGAUGACACCCAUGUUUUUAUCUUGGCUGAAGUAGUUGCUAUACUGCAGGAGAAAGUUGGAGAGCUGAUGGACCAGAACUCUUUUCCAGUCACACAGAAAUAAGGAUGCUAAUAAUAGUUAUGUAUUGAAGGUUUUGGCACAGACUUCUCCAGAUGUGAAUUUUCAGUUUAUAGUUUAUCAAGAAACUUGUACAGUAACAUUUACUAUUACUUGACAAUUUUUUACCAUGUUGUAGGUAACUAUAACAGAUUUUCAGGUUAAGGCAUAACCCAUUUUUUGGAUACAAAUAAAACAAUGGUUUUGAUAAGUA